AUGGCGGACGUGGAAGUGUCUGCGAAAAAGAAGAAAAAGUCCAAGAAAGCGAGCGAGGAUGACGUCGGGGAGAUUCAGCAAAGUGCAGACUUCCUUAUUAAGCCAGAGUCUAAAGCUGCGACUCUGGACACGUCACAAUGGCCUCUUCUGCUUAAGAACUUUGACAAACUGAACAUCAGGACGAGUCACUACACUCCUCUGGCCAGUGGUAGCAACCCUCUGAAGAGGAACAUCCAUGACUAUGUCAGGACUGGCUUCAUAAACCUGGACAAACCAGCCAACCCCUCGUCUCAUGAGGUGGUGGCCUGGAUCAGAAGGAUUUUGCGCGUGGAUAAAACGGGUCACAGUGGAACUCUUGACCCGAAGGUGACGGGCUGCCUCAUCGUGUGUGUGGACAGAGCCACACGGCUGGUGAAGAGCCAGCAGAGCGCAGGCAAAGAGUAUGUGGGCAUCGUCCGGCUGCAUAACGCCAUCAGCUCCCAGCACGAGCUCGCCAAGUGCCUCGAGACUCUGACUGGAGCGUUGUUCCAGCGCCCCCCACUGAUCGCUGCAGUGAAGCGUCAGUUAAGAGUUAGAACUAUCUACGAGAGCAAACUGAUAGAGUACGAUCCGGAGAAACGGCUCGGUAUCUUCUGGGUGAGCUGUGAGGCUGGCACGUACAUCCGGACCCUGUGUGUGCACAUGGGGCUGCUGCUGGGGGUGGGGGGGCAGAUGCAGGAGCUGAGGAGGGUCCGCUCCGGAGUCCUGGGUGAAAAGGAUAACUUGGUGACGAUGCAUGAUGUCCUGGACGCUCAGUGGCAGUUUGACCACAACAAAGACGAGUCGUAUCUGAGACGAGUAAUUUACCCGCUGGAGAAACUGCUGAUAUCGCACAAACGCAUCGUCAUGAAGGACAGCGCGGUGAACGCAAUCUGUUAUGGAGCAAAGAUCAUGCUUCCUGGAGUCCUGCGCUACGAGGACGGCAUAGAGAUGAACCAAGACAUCGUCAUAAUCACCACGAAAGGAGAAGCGGUCUGUACAGCUGUCGCACUGAUGACUACGGCGGUCAUUUCCACCUGUGAUCACGGCGUCGUGGCGAAAAUCAAGAGGGUCAUAAUGGAGCGAGACACGUACCCGCGCAAGUGGGGGCUGGGACCCAAGGCCAGCCAGAAAAAGCUUCUUAUAAAACAAGGUCUGUUGGACAAACAUGGAAAACCCAAUGGCAGCACACCCUCAGAGUGGACCAAAGAGAAUCCAGACUACAGUGUAAAGGUGAAAGAUCCAGGACAAACUCCGGUGAAGAGGAAACGUGAUGAGAGCGACUCGGACGCUCCUGAGACGCCUGCUGUUACCCCUGGCGACGCAGAAACAAAGAAGGAAAAGAAGAAAAAGAAAAAGGACAAAAAGAUAAAAGUGGAGGAGGCUGAAGAAACUACAGAAGAGACGGCAGCUACAGAAGAGCCAGAGGUGGGACUGCAGUACAGCUACACCACCACUAGAGGCUCUGGUCUCUGUAGUACAUGGAAACAACCACUGUAG